AUGCCCACAGCUCCAGAGGAGGAAGCCCAGGGACGGGCCUCCAUGGCUGCGUCGGGCACGCUUGGAAGCUGGCCUGCCGGGACCUUCCACCCUGGGGCCUGUGUCAGCCACUGGCCCUCCACACCCCGGAAGCAUACGACCUCUGGGAAAGACAGCCCUGACCUUCGGUUUUCCAAGCACGAUGUUCCCCAAGAAUUCUGGGCUGGCGGCCUGGUGGCAGUGCUGGAGAUGGCCCCCAGCCCCUCCCCGUGGGGUACCCAGGAGGGUCCUGCCAGAAUGUGCAGCCUGUGGGUAGUUGGCUGGUGUCCCUGUCGUGGAGUCGGGGUGCGUGACCUGGUGCCUGUGCACGCGGGUGUGUGGUGUAAACAUGUAUGUGCUGUACAGAGAGAUGCGUGUGGAGAGAGCCGCACGCGAGUGCCACGCAGGAGAGGCGGAGCGGUUACCAGUGUUUUGUGUUUAUUUUUAAUCAAGACAUUUCCCCUGUUUUCCUAUAAAUUUGCUUCGUGUAAGCAAGUACAUAAGGACCCUCCUUUGGUGAAAUCCGGGUUCGAAUGAAUAUCUCAAGGCAGGAGAUGCAUCUAUUUUAAGAUGCUUUGGAGCAGACAGCUUUAGCCGUUCCCAAUCCUUAGCAAUGCCUUAGCUGGGACGCAUAGCUAAUACUUUAGAGAGGAUGACAGAUCCAUAAAGAGAGUAAAGAUAAGAGAAAAUGUCUAAAGCAUCUGGAAAGGUAAAAAAAAAAUCUAUUUUUGUACAAAUGUAAUUUUAUCCCUCAUGUAUACUUGGAUAUGGCGGGGGGAGGGCUGGGACUGUUUUGUUUCUGCUUCUAGAGAUUGAGGUGAAAGCUUCGUGCGAGAAACGCCAGGACGGACGAUGGCAGAGGAGAGGGCUCCUGUGACGGCGGCGAGGCUUGGGAGGAAACCGCCGCAGUAGGGGUGUCUUCCUUGGGAGCAGGAGGGUGGGCCUGAGGCUUUCAAGGGUUUUCUUCCCCUUUCGAGUAAUUUUUAAAGCCUCACUCUGUUGCGUCCUGUUGCCGGCCUUCCUGCGACUGUGACUGUGAAACGCUUCCCCGUACAAUUGUCUCUGAAACAUCACGGCCGCAGGUGCCAGGGUUUGAUGGACAGUGACAUUAGAAUUGUGGAAAAGAAACACGCAAAGGAAGAAACGUGAGAGGAGAAACAAAAUAUGAGCGUUUAAAAUACAUCGCCAUUCAGUUCGUU